UGGAUCAUCGUCAACUAUUGCUGAAAAGGAGAAGAAUCGUCAUCUUCAUCGAAGGUAUCUUGUUAUUUUCCAUUUGAUAAAGUGAUUUCGUAGUCAUCACAGAGUUUUCAGCUUGUUCUGUGAUCGCUACCUACGAUUGAGGCUGAAUCUUCUUUUCAAGUUGGAAUGGAUGCUAUCAGUUGUCGGUCCACACAAGGCAAUGAGUCUGCUGCUGAUUCUGGUGAUUGGAAGUCUCAAUUACUACCUGAGUCAAGAGAGAAGAUUGCGCUUAAGAUAAUGGAUAAUUUGAAGAAAUGUAUUCCUCAUAAUGAUGGGCCAGAAGGACUGCAUGAACUCAAGAAACUUGCUACAAAAUUUGAGGAGAAGAUCUUCUUUGCUGCCACAAACCAGACUGAUUACCUGAGACAAAUAUCACUGAAAAUGCUGGCAAUGGAGUCACAUAAACUCACGGCGAACUCUAUGCCAACUGAUUCUGUUGUUCGUAGUAGCCAGAACCCUCAAGAUUCAGGAGGAUCAAAUAGUAUGCAAGCUCAAGUUGUAAAUCAAGGGCAACAAAUGCCCAUGCAGACAGGAAACACCCAGGUUCAAGAACGCCAACAAAUUCAGAAUAGCGUUGUGCCAGGUGGUGUCCCAGGUUCUUCUGGAUUAACAUCAGCAAUGUCUUCAAUCAGUGGCCUACCUUCUACUAGCAUUCCGAAUGUAGCUUCCCAGAAUCCAAACGUUCAGAGCAUUCAAAACAUGCCUGGAGUUCCACAAAACUUGGUGGGAAAUGCGAUGGGGCAAGGGGUUUCAUCAAGUAUGCCCCAACAGCAGAGACAGAUUCAAGGAAGACAACAAAUUACGCCCCAACAGCAGCAGCAACAACAAAAACAGCAGUCUCAGAAUCAACAGAAUUAUCUUUACCAACAACAGCAGCUACUUAUGAAAUCAAAGUAUCAACAAGGGAAGAUAUCCCAUUCGGUCAUGCAAUCUCACUUGCAGCAGCAGGCCCAGCAACACCCCAACAUAGUGCAGUCCUCUCAGCAGUCUUCUGUUAUGCAGUCGGGUUCUUUAUCUGGUCUUCAACAGAAUCAACAGAUUUCUGGUCAACAGCCAACACAAACUGGAAUGCAGCAAAAUUCACAAUCGGUUUUCAGGCAGCAGCAGCAGCAGCAGCAACAAACUUCAAUGAUUCACCAACAGCAGAAUACUGUACAGUCAAUGCAGCAACAACAGUCAAAUGCAACCAAUAUGCGGCAGACUUCAAUGAUUCGUCCACAGCAGCAGACUGUACAGUCAAUGCAACAACAUCAGCUGUCGAAUGCAACCAAUAUGCAACAGAACUUAACCGGUCAGCAGAAUAGCAUUUCUGAUAUGCAACAACAGCAACAAAGGAUGCUGAGUCAACAAAAUAAUCUUCCCAACAUGCAGCAACAACGGCUGACAAGCCAGACAAAUAAUCUUCCUAAUAUGCGUCACCAGCAGAUGAAUUCUUUGAAUAAUGCCGUUAGAUUGCCACAGCAGUCUCUUGUUACACAAUCCGGUAGCUCAAAUAUGCUGACGAAUCAGCACACUUUACAAAUGAUGCAACAGUCUAAGGUUCCUCUUCAGCCACAAAGCCAGCAUGGUAACACAACAGUUUUUCCAUCCUUGGGUCAGCCAUCAUCGCAUCAAUCAAUGGCUCAGAUUCAAUCUCAGACUGGGCAAUUGCAGCAACAGUUAGGCAUGCAACAGCAACCAUCAUCACAUCAAUCAAUGACUCAGAUUCAACCUCAGACUGGGCAAUUGCAGCAACAGUUAAGCAUGCAACAGCAGCAACAGUUAAGCAUGCAACAGCAGCAGCAGUUAGGCAUGCAACAUCAGCAACAGUUAGGCAUGCAGCAACAGCCCAAUUUAGUACAAAGGGAUAUGCAGCAGAGGCUUCAAACAUCUGGCCCCUUGCUUCAACAGCAGAAUAAGAUUGAUCCGCAGAAACAUCUGGCCCUCUCAGAGGCAUCAUCAACUUCUUUGGACUCCACAGUUCAGAAGGGAACUGCAAAUAGUGAAGAUUGGCAAGAGGAAACAUAUCAAAAGAUUAAAGCCAUGAAAGACGCAUAUUUAUCAGAUCUGGUUGAAAUGUAUCAGAGGAUUAGUGCUAAACUCCAGCAGCAUGAUCCUGUUUCUGAGCCGUCUCAAAAUGAACAAUCUGAGAAGCUGUUGUUGUUUAAGACCAUGGUGGAACGAAUAAUUGUUCUGCUGCAGAUCCCCAAAUGCAAUGUUUUGCCUGUUUAUAGGGAAAAGUUACCUUUGUACGAAAAACAAAUAAUAAAUGUCCUGGCUUCAAAUAAGCCACAAUAUAAACAGGGCUCCACGAUGCCACCUGGGCAGCAGCCUGGCCAGUAUCAGAUGCAAUCCAUGCAGCAACAGACACAUGAUAAUCAGAUAAACGCCCAGCUUCAACAGACAGGCGUGCAAAAUUCCAUGUCAACAAUACCUCAGAACUCGAUGACAGACCAAGGAAAUCACCUAAACAAUAUGCUGGAGGUUUCUGUUGGGUCUUUGCAGCAAAAUCCUAUGAGUGCUCCACAACAAGCUAACUUGAAUACGCUUCAGCCAAACUUCUCAUCAGUUCAGUCCAAUGCGAGUAUGCUUCCAUCCCAGAAAAUGUUACAGACUAAACCAUUGAACCAGCAACGCCAGAUGCAGCAACAGUUAGUGCACAGACAAAUCCAACAGGAGCAACAGACACAGCAAUUGAAUCAGCAGAAACAGGCACAAUUUCAAUCACAGCAGAUGUCUCAGAUGAAUGAGAUAAAUGACUUGAACCUGAGACAACAAUUGGCGCCCAUAUCAGGUAUACAGCGAUCGGCCUAUCAACAUCUACAGACGAAGUCAAACACUUCCAAAUUUCCUAUUUCAUCACCACAGAUCCUUCAGACUGCUGCAUCUCCCCAAGUUCUUCAGCAACCGUCUCCACAAAUUGAUCAGCAAAACAUUUUGUCAUCCCUUACAAGAACUGGAACUCCUCUUCAGUCUACAAACUCACCUUUAAUUGUUCCAUCUCCUUCAACUCCCUUUGUUCCAUCUCCAAUGCCAGGGGAUUCUGAAAAAGUAGGCUCGGGUGUGGGAAAUAUUAGACAAUCUCUUGCUAUUGGCACCCCGGGUAUAUCUGCAUCCCCUUUGCUUGAGUCCACUAGUCAGGAGAUUCAUGCUAAUGCUUCUACAGUCGUUUCCGGAAAGUCAAAUGUUACAGAGCUGCCUAUGGAUCGGUUAAUUAGAGUGGUAAAGUCAAUGUCUCCAAGUGCAUUGAGUGAUUCGGUGAGUGAUAUUGGCUCAAUUGUGGGUAUGUUUGAUGGGAUAGCUGGAUCAGCACCAGGUAAUGGUUCUAGGGCUGCUGUAGGAGAAGAUUUGGCUGCGAUGACCAAGUUCCGUUUACAGGCAAAUAAUAUUUCCAUGCAAGAUGGAUUUCCUGGAACAAGGAAAAUGAAGCGAUAUACAACCGCGAGUUCUGUGAUUUCCAACGAGGAUUCCGAUUCUGAUUCGGUUGCUACAUCUUAUUUCAAAAGGCCUCGACUAGCGGAUAAUCAUUCCCUUUUGGAGGAGAUAAGGGAGAUAAAUGAGCAACUUAUAGAUACGGUUGUAGAUAUUAGCGAUGAGAAACUCGAUCAUACUGCAGAUCCAGCUGAAGGAGGAACUAUAGUUAAAUGCUCUUACAGUGCUGUUUCCCUCAGCCCUACUUUCAAAUCACAAUAUGCUUCCCACCAAAUGUUGUCUAUCCAACCCUUACGACUGCUUGUUCCCCAAAACUACCCGAAUUGUUCUCCCAUAUUCUUGGACAAGUUUCUGACUGAGCCUAGUAAAGAGAGCGAAGAUUUAUCUGUAAAGGCGCAAUUGAGGUUUAGCAUCCAUGUUCGCAACCUUUCACAACCUAUGUCACUUGGAGAAAUUGCGAAAACUUGGGACUUAUGUUCUCGAGAAGUGAUCAUAGAGUAUGCACAACAGAAUGGUGGUGGGACUUUCACCUCCAAAUAUGGAAGUUGGGGAAAUGGCUUGAGUACAGUAUGAAUCUUUUUUUUUUUGGUUAUAAGUUAAAGACAAAAAUGCUCUCGUCCAACCUUUUCUUGGUGCAAUUGUUUGCUUGAAUGGCAAAAACUGUUUGUUUUUCACCAUCUCAGGUUGACAAAGUAACUGUUUUUCUGGUUUAGUUUUAUAGUCAGGAUUUUGAAUUUUUAUCAAAAAGUUU